UUCAGUUCUUCCCAUUCAGCCUUCUGAUUCAACCUGAUCAAUUUCAGCUUCUCGAACGAACCCUGAGCCUCCAUCGGGGUGUCGAAUAUCCCGUCAUAGCCUCCACCUGCACAUUUUCAGUUCGUCGGCUAUUUCAAAGGUCAAUUGACGAUGGUACAAUAAACGCGGGAACAAAAAGGACACACUCCUCCCCCUCUCUCCUCAGACCCUCUAUGUCUUCCAGACCGACAGCGCGCUGUUGUCGCGCCGCAAGACGCCUCCGGGCACCGAUAGACAGUAUCUGGAUCACCGACAGCGUCCUGGCCAAUGCGUUUGAACGGUACUGCCACGUCUCGAGGCUAUCGCGGCGUAACUCCAGCUCGGUGCCCGGUCCCCUCGAGAACAGGCGCCGGCUCGGCAAAAGACGCAUGACCGGCCUCUACUCUGCCGACUUUCAACCGACCCUACCCCCCUGGCUCAUCGAGUACCCCGUCGACCUGUCUCAGUGGAAAUGGAUGCCCCCGACGCCGACGCCGACGCCGACGCCGGCCAACCCCGAUGCUGCGACGCGCGAAGCCGGAUCCUCGCAACGGCGGCGCCGGUCGCUGCUCUCCUGGGUGGAAAAAUGGUUGCCCGUAGAAACGGAGCAGGGUGGAGUCGAGCGAGUGGAAUUGACUACGGAUCCCCCGCAGUCCAUCUUACAGCCAAAGGAGGACCUGGAAGAGAGGCUUCGUCAUGCUCGAGACGCCCUCUCCCCCGCUGCGGACGUCCUUGCACCUGAAUUUCGGCAGGUCAUGGACGGCAUACGACGGGACAUCCACCUAGGUCUGGUCUCCCUGGAUUCUGUCCAUGAAGCUCUCGCCACAUUCCCAACGUCUCCAUCUGCAUCUACCACGCAAGCCAACCUCGUCGUCACGUUAGCCAAAAGGAGGUUUUUGUCGGCGGUCAUCGAUGGACUCGUCUAUUCCAGGGUCCAAAAUCUCGCCCAAACCGGACCUGAAUUGGGCCGUCUUCUGUUGAAGAGCAUCUCCGAACUGCCGACAGACCAAGAAUCGGCCCAGAUGGCCCAGCACGUCCUGGCUGCUACCCCUGAAGAACAGCUCGGCACGCUGAGCGAAGGCUUACACGCGCUGGUUCGCACCUGGCUACCUGCUUCGCCCGAGUGCUACUCCCAGGCCGCAGCCAUUCUCGCAGAUGGCCUGGGAAGACUAUCUCCCACCACACACGGCGAAUUACUCCAUUCUCUCGAAACCGUUGCCCUCGAGGCCGAACCGAACACCGACAUCACCCGUCGUCUCCGGUGGCUGGACAUGCUAGCCCGAAUGCGCCAGGUGAACGAAUCCUUCUUCUUGGAAGCCUGUGUCCGGUCGGGCUGCUUCGACGAAGAACCGUCGUCUACGACCGAAUGUCGCCUCGUCGAGCUUCUCAUCCGCCAAUGGCAGAGUCGGGGCUACUUCCCCGGAGCUCGCAUGGUACGGGACGCGUGCAGACGCGACGCACUCCGGGAUGCCGACCUCGGCCUCGCCUCACUUGCAUGGAACAUUAGUCUGCGACAACCCCCCGGCAAAGACAAAGACAAAGACAAAGACAACCGCAACAACAACAACAGCCUAGGGCUCCUCACGAGCUACUUCAAGGUCCUGCGCCGUCUGGACCUCUCGGAAAGAUUUCUACAAUCGUUUCAGAAACUCUGCACCCAGAACCCGACCACGACCCUCCAAGAAGAACGGGGAUUCAAGCUCCUAGCCAUCGCGAGCCGGGACCACCGCAUCGCAGCGGCGGUCUACGGCCUCAUGAAGCACCAAGAGACGAACAACAACACGCAACGGCGCCUCUCCACCUGGGACUGGAAAGCCUGGACCCCCUACAUCCAAUCCAUGAUCCUCGACGCGCACAUCCCGCCCCGCACGGUCUGGGAAGUCGUCCACACUCGGUCCCCGCAAGACCUGGCGCGCUCCCCGACCUCCCACCUCCGCCUGGCCGCCAAGCGCAGACUGGUCGCCGACAUGGCCGUGUGGUUCUCGCAGGCGGCCCACCUGUCGGACCGCGCGGCCCUGCGCCACGUGUCGCGCUGCAAUGCGUGGCUGGCCGCCAACGGCACCAACGGCACCAAUGGCAAUGGCACCAAUGGCAACGGCAAUGGCGAGGUGCUGCCCCCGCAGGCCCUGCUGGCCGUCGUUCGGGCCGCCACGCGCGACGUCAAGAGGGGCGAGCGGGGCCGCACACAGCGCAUGAACUGGGUCUUGGACUUGGUGCGCGCGCACCUGGGCGAUGAGCAAGCGAUGAAGACGGGGAAGGUCUUGGAGCGGUGGAGGAGGAAUAAUGCCCAGAUGCCGAGGUGAGGAUCCGGACGGGCAGGGCGGGAUUCAGUGAAGACAAUCUGGGUGAACGACAUGUGUAUAGAUGAGGCCAGUGUGAUCCUACUGCAGCUGUAGCAAUAGCACGACACAUCAGUUGCGGAAAAAAUAGUAUCAGCAGCAGCAAUAUUGCAAGUCGUCAUUCAUUAUAUGGGAAUUUAUCUAGUCGUAUUUUUUUGUCGACUUUUCCCCUCGAAUAGUUGAACCCGACGAACACCUCAAAAAUUAAUACAAAAAUCAAAUCCAAACGAA